GUUGCCCUAUUUUUCUACCAAGUCUCCUCUUCCUUCGGCGGCAAGGAAUUGACUCUCCCGCGAAGCUCAGGAAGUUUUCAUUGUGUUCGUUUAGGUUCUUUGCGAUUUUUCUGUCCUAAAUCUUCACUGGUUUUUCUCCGAUCCUUUUUCGAGCGACGAACUAUCUUAUCGUCAAGAGAUGGCGGCUAAACCACUUACAACUGAGGCUAUUGCCGUAACUGAGAAGAAGAUGGACAUGGCUUUAGACGAUAUUAUCAAAAUGUCCAAAAUUACUGGAAAUAAAGCCAGGAAGGAAAGAAGGUUUCCGAACAAAAUGCAGAAAUUUCCAAAUAAUGUCACUCAAGAUAGACCUAGGAAGUUGCAGCGUUUCAUGGAUUCAAGAUCUUCUGUAAGACAGGGGGCUUUGGCCAAAAGAAGGUCAAAUUUUCAAGGGAAUCAAUUUGCUUUGACAACUGAGGUUUCCAGAAGGGCUGUAGUUGCUCCAACUCGCCCCAGAGCUUUUUAUCGUAGGGCACCCAACUGGAAUAAGACAAGGGUUGAUGCUCCACCGGUUCCAAGGAAGCCUUUUAAUAAUCGAACCUUUGUUCCCAAGGUAGCUGCACCGGCCCAGCCACAAACCAAUGCUACGCAGAGACAGAGACCACAAACAAAUGCUACGCAGAGACAGAGACCACAAACAUAUGCUACGCAGAGACAGAGACCACAAACUCUGGACUCACUGUUUGCCAACAUGAAGGAACAGAGGCUGAGGGUGUUGUCACAGCGACAGAAUGGCGCCGCACAACAACGGAAUGGUGGUCGCCAGCAAAUACCUCCAUGGCAAAGAGGCCGUUUUGGUAACUGAAGAACACACCCACACGUCAACAUCGUGUAAUAAAUGGAGUAUUUGUAUGGGAAAUGUAGAUGUUGCCUGCUUGUCCUCGGCCGAUAGCUGAUACCAUGAAAAGGAAGGAAUCUAGUUGUGUCUUGUCAUUUUUUUCACCCAAACCUUUGGCUUGCUGUUUUUAGCGUUUUUAGCAUUUUUAGCUUCAUUAUGAUCAAAUGCUAUAGAAGUUUUAUCUGCCGGUCAUGUAAAGUCUUUUUUAUUUUAACUUACUGUUUCUGUUCUUAUGGCCUAA